AAGUAGGAGCCUGGGAACCUGCGGUCCUGAGGGGCAGGGUCGGGGCUCUCAGGGUGGCGGGAAGGCGUCGGGCGGGAAGUCGGAAUGUUUGUGUUUUGGGGUCCCUUGCUCUGUCUGGGGCUUGCCCCGGCAGAGGAAGAGUCGAGCCCACGGAACCGGCCUGGUGAGCCUGCGGGGACGUGGUUUUCCCGUCGGGCGGAGCCCGAGGGCGGACGCGGAGAUUUCUUACGGACCCUUAGCCGGCGGCCCUCUCAGAACCAGCCGGAGGGAUAAGUGGUGUUUUUGAGUCCGUGUGCUACCAUUACUACUACUGUUAGUUUAAGGAUUUGCUCUUUGUCCCUGUCGAUUCCUGGAGUGCCUCCAAGGGAUAGGGGAAUGGAGAGUGUCGUUGAUUCCUUCUUCAUUUCCUGGGUUUAGUGUCCGAGAACCCAGAAGGCCAGCCUUAUUGCUGGGUCACCCUCCACUUCCUUUGCACCUAGCUAGGGUCCGAGAACAGGUUGAUGGAUCAAGAUGUUCUGUCAACCCUGAGGUCCCGUGACGGAGAAGAGCCUUGGUCCCUGCCCCGUGGGAUGCCCAGACGUGAUGGCAACACACCCAGAGCCUGGCAGACCUUCAGAGACAACUGGAGUGCAAAGUGGGCAGCUGAGCCUUGAGUGAACUCCGGGCGUAGAAAUGGAGCGGAGUCCGUCAGGAAAGACUUGUUGGUAGAAGGUUGUUUUAAACAGAAUGGAAAAAGGUGGCAGUGACGUGGCAGUGCCCCAGGCUUAUCCACUGGGGCCCCUCCAUGAGCCUGCUAGUGCCCUGAUGGAGCUGCAGCCUCGCCCUCGAAGCUCGGCUGAGGGCUUCCUGGAGGAGGAGCUGCGGCUCAAUGCAGAACUGAGCCAACUGCAGUUCUCAGAGCCUGUGGGCAUCAUCUACAAUCCCGUGGAGUAUGCCUGGGAGCCACACCGCAGCUAUGUGACCCGCUACUGCCAGGGCCCCAAGGAAGUGCUCUUCCUGGGCAUGAACCCCGGACCCUUUGGCAUGGCCCAGACUGGGGUGCCCUUUGGGGAAGUGAGUGUAGUCCGGGACUGGUUGGGCAUUGGGGGACCUGUGUUGACCCCGCCCCAAGAGCACCCGAAGCGACCAGUGCUGGGAUUGGAGUGCCCUCAGUCAGAGGUGAGCGGUGCCCGGUUCUGGGGCUUUUUCCGGAACCUCUGUGGACAGCCUGAGGUCUUUUUCCGUCACUGUUUUGUCCACAAUCUGUGUCCUUUGCUCUUCUUGACUCCCAGUGGCCGCAACCUCACUCCCGCUGAGUUGCCUGCCAGGCAGCGAGAACAGCUUCUCGGGGCCUGUGAUGGGGCCCUCUGCAGGCAGGUGCAGCUGCUGGGGGUGCGGCUGGUGGUGGGAGUGGGGCGGCUGGCGGAGCAGCGGGCACGGCGGGCUCUGGCAGGCCUGAUGCCUGAGGUCCAGGUGGAGGGGCUCCUGCACCCCUCACCGCGGAGCCCACAGGCCAACAGGGGCUGGGAGGCAGCGGCCAAGGAGAGACUGAACGAGCUGGGGCUGCUGCCACUACUAACAAAAUGAGGGCCCCUGUGGCCCAGCACAGGACAUGUUCAGGGUCCCCACGUCAUCCUGGGGCCAGCAGAGGACUACACGCCCCCUGGCCUGGAGCCACAAGGUCCUGGGCACCCUGGUUGCUGGGACCUGCUGCGGCAGUUUUGACACUACUCGGGCUUGUGCAUUCGUCACCUUCCUUGGAGCUUGGCUUCUGCCUCUGUGGUAACUAACUCCACGGAGACUUGGCAUCAGCUUUACCUCACUGUUUCCUUGGGAGCCUCUGGUCAGCCGAGAGCGGCCUGGACAGUGACUUCUGCGGCCGCACGUGCUGUGUUAGACAGAAGACCCCUCGGGAUCCGCACGCGUCCUCCUAGACCAGCUUCCUUCAGGCUGAGCCUUUUCCUCACAGGGACCAGGACAAAGCGAGGGAUAUGGAUGUCAAGGUGAACUUCUUUUGGGAGACUGAGACUGGAUCAGAGGAAGAAUUCAGGGUGGCAGCGUGAGGACGACCAGAAGACCUGGCUUGCUUCAUCUUGGCUUUGAGAAGUCACGACUUUGUGAACUUGAUGACUUUGGACAAAUUUGAUGAACGUCUCCAAGCCUCAGGAUCCUGAUCUGUGAAACGGGGACCCCUACCUCGUGGGGUUGGUGUGGGGAUUAAGUGAGAUAACACUUAAAAGUGCCUUGCGUCAUGCCUGGCAGGUGGGUGCUUCGGAUUCUUCUUGCUUUUUUGCCUCCUGGCUGGGGCGUCACUGUACCACACUACAGAGGGGCCCCCCCACCCCGACGACCUUGCUGGGUGAGCGGCAGAUCCUUGCCUGCCAGAGAUGGACCAACAGCUUUAUGAAAAAUACAGCCUGUGAUUUUUCAGUCCAAGCAUUAAAAACUCCUAAACUGGGGCGCCUAGGUGGCUUAGUCGGUUAAGCGGCCGCCUUUGGCGCCGCUCGUGACCUCUCAGGUUGUGAUCUCUAGGGUUCCCCACUCAGUGGGGGGUCUGCUUCUCCCUCUCCCUUUUCCUCUGCCCUUCCCCCACUCGUGCUCUCUCCCUCUCCCUCCCUCUCUCACAUACAUACAUACAUACAUAAAAUCUUUAAAAGGAAAUAAAAAACUCCUAAACCCUUUUGUGUGGGUCCUUUUCUCUCCUGCAUGUUAGAGAUGGAAGGAGUAAUUUAGAUUUUCCCUUCUCUUACCUCUUCACUGUUUGCAAAGGGUUCUCGCGGGUAUCUGGGGAGAUGAUGUAAACAGACCUCUCAUUGUCUUACCAGAGCUUACGGUUCUCAGUCGGGUUUGUCUGCUACUCAGGGCCCUGUCGGGAGCAGAUGAUGGGUGGAUGGGAGCACGCUAUCUCCACCUAACUCAUUUCUUACGUCUGCUGGAUGACUGGUUGGCGUGCCCCUUUAAUAGGGCUGGGAAGGUGAAUCAAGUUGGGAAUAGAGUGGAUCUUGAGACCAUCUUAAUGAGGAGCACAUGGCUGGACUCUCUCCUGGGACAGGUCAUCUCCGGCUUUCAAAAUUAGUAAGAUUUUUAGUAUAGGGGAGUCUGGCUGCCUUAGUCAGAGGAGCGUGAGACUCUUGUCUCAUGGGGUUGUGAGUUGGAGCCCCGUGUUGGGUGUAGAGAUUACUAACAUAUAUAAGAUAAACUUUAUUUUUAUUAUUUUUUAAAAAUACACUUAAAAAAAAUUUUUUUUAGUGUAAGUGUCCCCCAUUUGUAUAAUAAAGAAUUGGACUGGCUUUUGUCAUUGGUUCUGGGGAGGGAAGUCUCUACAUCCUUGGGAUUUCCCAAGUGGUAGAUGUGUCUUUGUUAUUAAUGGAGGCCCCCCAGACCACACACCUGAGUUUAUGCUGAAAUUGACUCUGGACCAGGACUAUGCCAGAAAGGCCAACCAUUUGAUUAGAGGGUUGGGGCUAUGAGCCAGGUGUUAUCAGCCUGAACUGGGGCUGGGGGUGUGGGCUGGAGAUUGAAUUCAGCCAUGUGGUCAGUGAUUUCAAUCGAUAAUACCUAUGUAAGGAAACCCUAAUGAAAACUCGACACAGACUUUGGCGAGCCUCCUAGGUAGUGAACACAGCCGGGCGCUGUGUCCCAUUUCCGUGAGGAAGUAACUAGAAGCUGGGUUGGGAACCCCCUCAGACCUUGCCUCUUGUAUCUCUUUGUUUGGCUGGUCCCUAUUUGUAUCUUGAAUAAUAAAACUGUGGUUCUAAGUUUGUGC